AUGUUGCACCUCCGCCGCCUAACACCGAAUCCAUCAAGCUACCCUCUCUCCUCACCUCCAUCUUUCUCCAUCUUCCUCCAUCCACGAUCUUCUUCUUCCUUCUCACGCAACCUUCGAAUUCAGUUCUGCGGUUCUGAUCCCCUUUCUGCGACCGCCUAUCACCAGCCUUCCCCUCCAGCUCGCUCCAUUCCCCCGUUCAACGUCUCCAUUCUCGACCUGGUGCAAAGGCCCUCCACUAGUCGCCAGGACCCCCUCGAGGAUUAUUCCGUCUCCCCCGCUGGAGCUUCUGCCGCCUCUUCGGCUUUGAGGUAUUACCCGCCCGUUCCUUCGCCCGAGCUUCCAUAUCCAUACCCUGCCCUCCUGCUCUGCAUUUGCUCUCGACUGCAGACUACCUCACGUGAACGCCUCGCGGACCUCGUGGACAAUCAUUUUUCAUUUCAUAACCCUCAGUUGUUCACCGCGGAACGUGGGGUGCCUGUUAUCCUCGAAGCAUCAGAGCUCACCCUUCCCUCUCAGCCAACCGCUGCUACCCCGAUCAUUCACCUCGCUCUCUGUGACUAUCAAAACAAAUACUCAUGUCCCGCAGAAUCACUCGCUCCUCCGCGAGACUUGCUACAGACCCUCCUCCCCCCCGCUGACGCCGGUGCUACUUCAACUCCCGCCGCUGGUUCGGCCACCCGGAAACGCAAGGCCUCCGCCCGUCAAGACCAGCCAUCGGCCGCUCCGAGUCAGCCAACGGCUCCUUCGCCUCCUCGACGAUCGAAGAAACAGCGAACCACAGCUCCAAGCACAGCUUCGUCCGCCGGUUCUGCUGCAGGUUCUCGCCGGACUCCCCGAAGUCGCCCAACCAUGUCACAACCAGGACCAUCUUCUCGACCGUCUGAGGAAUUGAAGUCAACCACAUCCCCGCCCCCUUCCCGGCGGAGAUCUAGCCGAAACGGUGAGUCCUCGUCGACCGAGAUGGCCCUUCCACCCCCUGACGGAAAGCAAACCACUAAAUCCGGUCAACCAUCAGAUCGGCUUGCGGCAACACAAUCUCCACCCCCACGGCGACACCAGAAGAAAAGAUCUGCCAAGACAAACCCUGAUGUCACAGAGCGGGAUGCGGAGGAGGAUCUGGAAGAGCAUGAAGAAAAUCACGAGACAGCAGAAUCCCCGACCGGCGAUAGCAAUGAUGGCACAAACCACUCCGCUUUCGACGAUGAAGAUCUGGACCCGUUCCAUAGCAGUCUUUUCGGAGGCCGAGGUGCCAUGGGCCUGCAGAGUACCCUUCGUGCCCUGAGCGGCAUGAUGUCCGGCAUGUCUUCACGACUACGGGAUAUUCUCAGCAACCUAAGAUCGAAGGAAAACCCUUCCCUUCAGUUGAUCGCCCUACAGGAGCUGUCGGAUCUGUUACUUGUCUCCAAUGAGGACAACCUGUCUGGCCAAUUCUCUCCCGACCCUUACGUCAAGGAACUGGUGUCUUUGAUGCAGCCGAACCAGUUUGGUGAAGAAAACCCUGAAAUCAUGCUGCUUGCUUGCCGCUGCCUUGCCAACCUGAUGGAAGCCCUUCGUGGCUCAGUGGCCAACGUGGUCUAUGGCGGUGCCGUGCCAAUACUGUGCCAGAAGCUCUUGGACAUCCAGUUUAUCGAUCUUGCUGAACAGGCUCUCAGCACCCUAGCCAAGAUUUCAGUCGACUUCCCUGCUUCGAUCGUGCGGGAGGGCGGCCUGACGGCUUGCUUGACAUAUCUCGAGUUCUUCCCAACAAGUACCCAGCGAACUGCCGUGACCACUGCGGCUAACUGCUGCCGCAAUCUUCCACACGACUCGUUCCCCGUAGUGCGGGAUGUGAUGCCUACGCUACUGAACGUGCUGUCAAGCAAUGAUCCUAAAGUCGUUGAGCAAGGAUGCCUUUGUGUUUCCCGUAUCGUGGAGAGCUUCAAAUUUCGGUCCGAGAAUUUGGAAGAGCUGAUCGAACCCCCUAUGCUGAAGGCUGUUCUAAGACUACUGCUUCCUGGCACCACCAAUUUGAUUGGCCCACAUAUUCACACGCAAUUCCUUCGCGUACUUGCCAUCACAGCAAAGGCUAGCCCGCGUUUGUCAAUCGAGUUGCUGAAGAUGGAUGUGGUGGACACCCUUUAUCAGAUUCUAACGGGCGUCUCGCCACCCGAAGAUACUGAUAGCACCGCCGUCAAGAUGGACAGCGUUCUGGUCAUGCAGGCGUUGAUUCAUAGACCUCGCGAACAGGUCUUCGAGACGUUGAAUGUCAUUUGCGAACUUCUACCAGGCGUUCCCAGCCGUGAGGCAUCGAAAACAGACAGCGUGCUCAGCUCCUACUUUGACAACAACAUGUCCAUCGGCCUGAAAUCUUCCAAAUCCAAGGAUACCAGUGAGGAGAGACUUGCGUUAUUCGAGGAAAGCAAGCCAGAGCUUAAGCGGUUCGCCACCAUUCUGUUCCCAACAUUGACCGAUGCCUACUCGAGCACUGUCAAUCUCCAUGUCCGUCAGAAGGUUCUUAUUGCCCAGCUGAAAAUGCUGCAUAUCCUUGAGCCUGCCAUCAUCGAAGAUGCGCUGCGCACGGUUCCCUAUGCUUCGUUCCUGGCAUCUAUCCUCUCCCAGAAGGACCAUGCCUCCCUUGUUUCCCUUGCUCUCCGUUGCUCCGAAUUGCUAUUCCAACGACUGGAGCACGUCUACCAGCACCAAUUCCAUCGCGAGGGAGUUAUCUCGGAGAUUGUCAAGCUUUCAGAAGCACCUCUCUCUGCCGACGGCGAAAAGGCCGAAGAAGCCAAGAAAAAAUCAGCCAACGACUCGAAUGAUGUCGAAAUGGUGGAUGCUGGUAACGCUAGUAGCAGCAAGAACGACGAGGACUCCGAAGAUGAUGGCGAUGAUUUUGACGAGGAUGAAGACAACGAGGACGAUUCGGACUCCGAGGAUUCCUCUGUGUCUGGACGCCAUUCGCUGGCUAAGAUGGACAAUGCCCUCAACGAUCUCGUCAUUCGCGAUGCCCAGGCUUUUCUUAAGGUCUACGAAGCGGGUCAUGGUGCGACAGCGCGCAUCGAGGCCCUUCGAAUUCUUACGGAGCUCCAAAACCUGGCUGGUAGAAUCCGUGAAUGCUACACCAGCCAAGACGAAGACGGCCUCGCGUUGUUCAAGAGUUUGGCCUCGUACUUCGAUGGAGAUGCUUUGGAGAGUAUCACCAGCUCGGAGCUGCUUAACUCUGGCAUAAUAGAGGUCCUUCUCGAGGUCCUCGGCGAUUCUCAAGGUAAGAAGUCCUCGGCGCAGUGUCUUCCCGGCCUGGCUUCUGAUAAUUAUGCAGCUCCCAACAUUCGCGUUGCGCGGUCCGCUUUUUUGCAGGCCUUUAUGGGCGCUACGAUUUCCGAAAAGGCUCAAAGUCAGAGCACUGCUGUUACACCUUUCAGUGUUUUGAUUAGGAAGUUGCAGGAUUUGCUUAGCCGAACUGAACAUUUCGAGGUCCUUACUGUCAGUCACAACUCUCUGGAAAACACUCGCAGCAAUGCCACACACAUGCUGGGCAAACAGCUACGCCUAAAGCUGGUCGCGGAAGAUGGAACUGAGGUUCCUCGACCUUACCGCAACAUCAUGGUGGCCAUCCACGCCAUCGCUACUUUCAAGGCGCUAGACGAUUUCCUCCAGCCAAGAAUUGCUAUGUCAGAGCGCCCUCGCUCGUCGCGGCAAACCCGUGAUUCAAUCCUAUCGCAAAUUUCCGAGGCAGCUCGCCUUCGCGACCAGCUCGCUGGUUCUCACUCGUCACUGGGGUCUUCUGGCCGGAACCCAGGUGGCCGGACCGGGGGUCGAAGCCAGGCCAAUCAAUCUGCCGAUGAGGAACAGGGUCGAACAGCUUCUGGCCACCGUCAUCACCGCCGGCUUCAUCUCCAGCAAGAGGAGGAUGACCAUGAUGACGAGCCACUCGAGUGUGCCGAUGAGAGGCAACUCAGCGAAGAAGAGGAAGAUAUCGACGACGGCGAUGAAGAUGAAGAACUCAACACUAUAGUGGAUGAUCUCGAGGACGAUCUCGAGGAGGAUCCGGUUCACGACCCAACCGCAGUGAACAUGGAGGUCGCAUCGUCUGGAAAAGUCACUGCCCGCAAGGAAGAUGGAACCCGGAUUGGCACCCCAUCUCAAUCGGCGCCAGCAUCCAAGCCUUCGUCUUCGACACCGAGCACCGCGUCAUCCAACCCACUGCGCAACCCUUCACUGGCAACUGCUGGACGUCCAUUUCAAUCGUACGCUGCGGCGAUGGCAUCUAUCCCUCAAGACUGGCACAUUGAGUUCUCCGUAGACGGAAAGCCCGUCUCCAGUGAUACUACAGUUUACCGCGCUGUUCAUCACAACCGUGACAACAUCGAAGAGACCCAAGCCAAGAAUGUUUGGACUGCCAUUCACACGGUCACAUUCCGCCGCGUCCCUGGACCCCCUCCGCCCGAGCCAUCCACUCUUGCCAACAGUGGACAGGAGGAUUCUUGCUCUGGCGAUAGCCUUGAAAUUCCUUCGUCUCUCAGCAAAGAUGCUACAACCGCCUCAAUUCUUCGCCUACUCCGUGUGCUGCACGAGAUGAAUGCUACGAUCGAUGAUAUUUUGACAGAGAAUAGGGAUCCUGUCAACAUAACACCCGAACCAUUGGCUCAGUUCAUCAACACUAAGCUCACAGCUAAGGUGAAUCGCCAAUUGGAAGAGCCUUUAAUCGUCGCCAGCAGCUGCCUUCCCAAUUGGAGCGAAGAUCUUGCAAGGUUGUUCUCAUUCUUGUUCCCCUUCGAGACAAGACAUCUUUUCCUACAGUCGACUGCAUUCGGAUAUUCUCGCGCCAUGAUGAGGUGGCACAACUCUCAAAGCACCGAAGACAGUCGUCGGGAUAUGCGUCGUGAUGACCGUCCGUUCCUAGGUCGACUACAGCGACAAAAAGUGCGAAUCUCGAGAGCUCGGAUCCUGGACUCGGCUAUGAAGGUCAUGGAGCUAUACGGAUCUUCGCCAAGUGUCCUCGAAGUUGAGUACUUUGAGGAAGUCGGUACUGGUUUGGGACCGACUCUCGAGUUCUACUCCACCGUUUCCAAGGAAUUCUCCAAGAAAAAGCACAAGAUCUGGAGGGAAACAGAUGAUGUCUCCGCUGCGCCCGAGUAUGCUUUCGGCAAGCGGGGUCUUUUCCCAGCUCCCAUGAGUGAUGAACAGGCCUCGAACGAAUCUGGCAAAAAGCAGUUGAACCUUUUCAAAAUUCUUGGAAAGUUUGUUGCGCGUUCAAUGCUUGAUUCUCGUAUCAUCGACAUCUCCUUCAACCCGGCUUUUUUCCGCAUUGCCGAUACCUUGUCCUCUGUUGCCCCUUCCCUGGGUACAGUCAAAGCAGUGGAUGAGGAUCUCGCCAAGUCUUUGAUCAUGCUGAAACAAUUUGUUAAGGCGAAGAAAAAUAUCAACAAGAACAAAUCGUUGUCAGACAAGCAGAAGGCCGAGGCAAUCCAGAACAUUGAGGUCGAUGGUGUCCGCGUGGACGACUUGAGCUUGGAUUUCACCUUGCCAGGAUACCCACAUAUCGAGCUUGUUCCAAACGGCUCCGAUAUUUUCCUCAACAUCGACAACGUCGAUCAAUACAUCGAACGGGUUAUCGACAUGACCCUGGGCGUCGGUGUCCGCCGCCAAGUGGAUGCCUUCCGAACUGGAUUCUCGCAAGUGUUCCCGUUCUCCUCUCUCCGGGCAUUCACUCCCAGUGAGCUCGUCAUGCUGUUUGGCCAGGCCGAGGAGGACUGGACCAUCGAAACUUUGAUGGACUCCAUCAAGGCCGAUCACGGAUUCAACAUGGACAGCAGAAGCGUGCGCAACUUGCUCCAGACCAUGAGCGAGCUGGAUAAACAACAACGUCGCGAUUUCCUUCAGUUUGUUACGGGUAGCCCGAAGCUUCCCAUUGGUGGUUUCAAGAGCCUCACUCCCAUCUUUACGGUGGUGUGCCGCCCCAGUGAACCUCCAUACACUCCGGACGACUAUCUUCCUAGCGUCAUGACCUGUGUGAACUAUCUCAAGCUGCCGGACUACAGCAGCCUGGACUUCCUCAAGGCCCGACUUUCUGUCGCUAUCAAGGAAGGACAGGGAGCAUUCCACCUGUCCUAG